CAGCCGACCAAAACACGGAAGUAAACUCAAGUGUCUCUGCGUGUCUGUGUAUUACUAUGCUUUUACCUGUAAAGUUAACGCAUGACAUCGAUCCGAGGCGAAAUUCCACGACAAACUUCAGUGCUGGCAGGGAUUCGCCGAAAAGCUAACUUAUGCUACACAGAGGGGCAGCAUUAGCAUAAAAAACGUGCUAGAAAAACCAAAACAAAAGAGGAAAUCGCAGCAGGGAGAGGAGAGUACACAAGCAAGCAGCCCAGGAGAGGAGGAAGAGGAGGAGUAAGGCUGCAAGGAGAGGAAGGGGGAAUAAAAGAAGGAGUCAAGAAACGUGUUUAAAUUGUUUUCAGGCACCAUGGACAACCAAGGGGAACCCCAGCCAGGUGUCAGUGGGCUUACCACCGAAGAACUACCGCAGAUGGAUGGAUCGUGUGACGCGUGUGAGCCGGAUGAGCCCCAGCCAGCCACACAAGUCUGUCACAUAUGCAGCUUCGCCUUCUGCCCCCUUCAUGCCGACAAACACACCAGUAGCACAAAUCACCCACUAAUGCCUUAUUACCAGUCAGAGGCACCAGCUCAUGGACUUGGCAUGGGGAGAGGUUUCGCAAAUGCCGCGGAUGAAGAGCGAGCUGUCGAUGAGGGCAUGGUAGCGGCGGUUGGGGGGGUAAAUGGGGCAAGCGUGGGGGGAGCAGAAGGUGGCAGAGAAGAAGCAGCUGCAGAGCCAGGAAAGAAGGACACGGUGACGGUGGAGAGGCUGCGCUGUAAGGUGCACGGCCAGGAGGGGUCGCUGUACUGUAAAACCGACGAGCAGAUUGUGUGCGUGGUGUGUGCCGUGCAGGGCGAACACAAAGAGCACGACAUCAUCACUCUGUAUGAGGCCUACGUGUGGCAAAAGAGCAGACAGGGGUAUGACCUCCUGGCCUACACACGGCAGAUGGGCGAAAAGAUUCAGGAGAAGUGGACAAACCCAGAGAUGACCACAGAGGAGCUGGAGGACUUUGUGAAUGGUGAGUUUGACGAGCUGCGGCGGUUGGUGCGUUUGGAGGAGAGGAGGACGCUGCACCUGGUGGACCUGAAAGAGGCCUUCCUCACAGCCACAGCAGCCGAGAAGAUGGCGGAGAUUCAUUUGCAGACGGAGCGACUGCAGGAGGAGAUGGACAGUAUCAACGCACAACUGCAUCUCCUGGAGCAGGCUGACAAAGACUCCCUGGGCCCGGCUCUCAUGAGACAGGCUGCUAUGGCGGAGGCACGCCCCGUCCUCAGACUACAGAACGACGCAGAAGUCAGGCCAAGGCUGCCCGAGCCCAGAGCCAACCCAGUGGACCCGCGCGAUCUGGACGACAAUGAUUCUGGAAGGUCCAUGGAGCACGCCCCGUGAUUUCCAUUCCGAUGUGGACUUUACCUACACUACUUUCUCGCUUCCUCAUCCUGUAUUUUUCAACUUUUUGCCUUACUUUUACUCAAUGACAAAUCCAGAUGAUCUUAGAGGUCAUUCCUGCUCACAAACCUUAGUCAUUUCAAAGUUUCUGUAAUUUUAGCGCGCUCGUAAUGUGCAAUCUAUUCCUCCCUUGGCUCUACUUCCACAGCCAGGCUUAUUGGUGGCAGCUCACUCACUUUCAGACAAGAAUUGGGGGAAGGCAACGGAACGGAGCAUCUGGUGAAACCAACCGUUGUCAGAUAUGAUGGAAAAUUCAGUGCACUUCUCCCUUCAUUUAUUCACAAUAUUUUUUUUUUGUCAGAUAUGCCUUAAGAUUUUAUCGCAAAUGUGUACAUGGGUGUCAAGGUUGAGUUUUUUUGGUUGGAAAAUAUGUAUAACCAAUUGUAAAAAUGUUAUUCUCAGUCCUAUUUUUAUUUUAUUUUUUCUGUUAGAUGCCUUUCCAGAUGCAAUCGAGCACAUACUGGGGCAGGUGUCUCCAAUACAGGUGAAGUGUCUUAUCCAGAGACAGUAUGCAAUUGUUAGUUUAUAGAACAUUAGGUCCUAUAAUGAAAUUUGGUAUAGUAACAUUCACAUUGUUAACAUUUGUGCUGCAGAUCUGGGGUCUCAUUUAUAAAACUCUACAUGGAAUUCUUACUAAAAAUGUACAAACAGACAAAACACAAACUUCCACGAAACUUCCUCAGACUAGCUCACGUUUCUUCUCCCUGUGUGCACAUCUCCUUUUACCUCAUCUGUGAAAACUCCGAUGCGUAAAAUUCAGUUUGUGGACCGGACUGCUGAUUUUCAUGUAAAAUUUUCUUUUUAUAGAUCACAAACCUUUGAUCACGUUAACAUUUUUGUACGUAUGCAGACUUUAUAAAUGAGACCCCUGGACUGCCUUCAGAUGUUAUGACGCUUGUGGUCUGACCAUCAAUUCCUUAAAGAAAUGUUCCAAUAUAUUUUUAUGCUCAAUAUUAACACCUAAAUAAUAUACAAAUAUUUUAUGGCAAUUACAUUUUAAAUCUUUUAUUUCACAUUUUGCGGAGUGCUGUAAUGUCUAUUUUAAAUCAUUUUUUUGUUGUGAAAGCUUAAUAUUUUAUUGUAAAUAGGCUAUAUUUGUGAUUUAUUCAUUUGUUUUUAGCUUUAAAUCAUGCUGUUUUCUAACCUACCUUGUUUUUAUGCCUGUCGAUUUGUGUGCACUUCCUCUUUUAUGCCACUGCUGUCAGAUCCAUUAUCAGGAGCGGGGGACGUUUUGACACAUAUCGAUCAGAAGAAUGUUGCUGAGUCUUUGUUAGCUGGAAAUCGAAGUGCAAUUUGACUGUGCAAAAUAGAGCCCGCGUCAUAUCAGCUGAAUGUAAUAUAAAGACCCAUUACUUUUGCACCCUGGGCCUGGGGCAUAUGACGGAUUACCAUGGAGCUCCUUCUACCUUGACCCACUCAGCUUUUCAAAAUGUCCCGCACACGUCCUGUCUGUAUCAGCAGUUGUUUUAAUGUGAUUGAUUCUGUUGCCUUAAAUUGAACGCCGUUGGACCCAUAAAAUGUAGCAUGACAACUUGGCUACACUGCAAAAUGAAGCACUACCCAAGGGAAUGUAAUCAAAUGUUUAAAAAAAGAAAUCAUCUUUCAGUAUCUAUGUUUUUAUCUCUAUUAAUCUUGGGGGUGUGUCUUCCUGAUUUGGUAUCUUUUUAUUGUCUUAUAUUCCUUAAUAAACUGGUGAUUUAAAGGAUUAUUUUAAUUUUUUAUACCUCAUACAAGUUAAGUAUGAGGUUUUAUGUUUCUGUUGCUGUUGUUGCUGGUGUUUUUUAAUUAAAAGGUGUCUUUUAACAUUCAAGACUAAGUUUA